GGAGCCUGCUGGGGAACAUGAUCUUGGCUGAUUUGUAAGCUGAGGGGCAGCCACAUUCCACAGACGCACGGCGGCCCCGGCCCCAGGGGCGGCUCCAUGCUUGUUUGACGCCAUGGCCAAGCCAAGUCGGCGCAUUGCCAUCCUUUGGCGGCGAUGGGCGGCGCUGUGCUUGGCUCCGCUUGCAGGCGCCGAGCGCGUGACCCCGGCCAUGGUUUGGACCAUCUUGAGCGGCAAGCCGGGAGUUUGGGACGGUUUCUUUUGGCGGUGAGGGAUCUUCCCACUCUUGCUGGCUUCCUGGACGAGUAUGAGGCCAACGUCGUGGACGGCACGGGGCAAACGGUGCUGCACUGGGCUGCCUCUGCAGGGUCCACGGAUGCCAUCGACUACUCCUUGGAGCAGGGCGCCCUGGUGAACAAGCUGGACUUGGAGGGCAGGUCGCCUUUGCACAUUGCCGCCUUGAGUGGGCACUCGGAAGCUGUGAGGCGCUUGCUGGAGAGGAGGGCGGACCCCACAGCGGUGGACUCAUCCGGCGCGUGGCCCUUGCACCGGGCGGCCCUGGCCGGCUCCGCAGGUUGCGUCGCGCAACUGGCACGAGCUGCGCCGGGCCACGUGAGCGUCCGGCAGCACCGCACUGCCGGCACGGCGCUACAUUCCGCGGCCUACCUUGGCCACGUGCGAGUCAUCGAGGAGCUGCUUCGAGCUGGCGCCUCCCCAUGCCUGCGGGAUCGCCAGGGCCGUUUGCCUGUAGAUCGGUGGAUUGAAGAGGACCAUGACGAGGUGGCCAGAAUUGCAGAGGAACCACCUGUAGUGGAUGAGGAGAACCGACGAGCUGUCAUCUCUUUACUGCAAGAGGGAAGCCGUAGUUGUGUCGGAGCCAAAGAGCACGGCUUCGGUGACCUGUGACCGCUUCAGACC